GUUCAGCAGUGGAGAACAAGUGCGGAACUCUCCUCCGGAUGCAAGUUAGAUUUUGCUGUGCCAAGGAAAGCUGGUUUAUCUGGAUUUAGUCCUGAGCCAGCGAGGGGACACCAUGGACCGGCUCCGGAUCCGGGAGUACCGCAGCGAGGACUACCAGGAGGUGCGCCGGCUGUACGCCGCCGGCUUCAGCGAGAAGACCCACAGCCUGUUCGUCCACGUGCUGACCCGCCCCUGGGUCCAGCUGGCCCUGCUGGCCCCCCUCCUGGGGGUACUGGUCCUCUCCGGGUCCGCCCUGGCGUCCCUGGCCGCCGCCGCCCUCCUGCUGUCCGGGACCCGGCUCGCCGUGGGCCAGCUCCUGGACCGGGGCGUUCGGCUGGGGCUCCGGGAGGACCUACAGGACAUCGGCGCCAGCUACAUGACCCCGGGCCGCGUGGCCUGCUUCUGGGUGGCGGAGGACGGCCCGGGCGGCCCCCUGGUGGGCACCGUGGGGGUCCUGCCCUGCGUCACCCAGCCCGGGGCCUGGGAGCUGAAGAGGAUCUCGGUGCGCCGGGACCAGCGGGGGCGGGGCGUGGCCCGGGCGCUUUGCGGCGAGGCGGUGGCGUUCGCGGCGCGCAGCGGCGUGCGCCGCAUGGUGCUCUACACCUCCAUGCUGCAGGACGACGCCCAGCGGCUGUACCUGCGGCUGGGCUUCAGGAAGUUGGAGGAGUUCCUCUGGCCCUCGCUGGCGGCGCGGCUGGUCGGCUUCACCGUGUUUAAGUACGGCUACGACGUGCCCCCGCUGCGGGACGCUUGAACCGGCGGGGACGCGUUGUGUCUGCCUGCCGCCGGGUCAAGACGAUCGUCACCACGUGUUGCAAAAUUCCUCACAAAGUGCUACAAAAAUCAUCACAAAGUGUCACAAAAUUCCUCACAAAGUGUUACAAAAAUCUUCACAAAGUGUUGCAACAAUCAUUAUCUUUUGUGUGCGUUUUAAUUGUGCCGCUGACUGCAGUCACAUUAUUACACUUGUGUUGUGUUGUUGAAUUAUCCAACAUAUUGCCGUCCCAGCUCUGGUUCUGGACACUGUUAUCCGCCCCCAGGGCUUGAAAUCAUAUUCCUAGCUGGUCGUCCCAUUAAAGCAGUCAGGCACUUCAAUGGGCAACACGCGCACACACGCACACGCACACAGGACGCUUCCAUUCCGAACAGGAUGGAUGUCGACCCACAUAGCUGAUCUGUCAGAGGACGAGGACGAGGCUGAGCGGAUAAGAGUUUAACAGCAGGUAAGACAUGAUGGGGCUCCACAACCGCACCACGCGUCGGCGUGCUCAGGGAAAAGUAGACGUUAAUUGCGGUCUGGUUUGGGAAUGGCAGCCCUAAAUGAAGCCACGGAAGGGGGUUGUGUCAGAAUGUGUGUGUGUGUGUAUGUGUGUGUGAUAGCUACAGCUAACUAGCAGCGGAUCAGGGAGUGCCCUUCUGACAGACCGCCUCAGGAGAAGCGCAAAAUGUGCGCUUUAUUAAAUGCUCAAAAUUGCGUAGCCAUCAUGUCAACGCAAGGGAGGUCUUGUGGUUUGCAUGGCCAUGAAACGGGUACAUGUUAAGGGAUAUGUCUGAAUGCAUUUCGUUUUUAUCAUUCGCGGGUCUCCAUUACGCGUCCAAUUGUGCCGUUAUCAGCAGUUAUGGUAUUCACCCUCCUUCUGGUUAUUCUAUAUGGCUAAAUGCAUCGCACAUGCGGGAAUCAGCCGUACAAAUCAUGUCGUUAAUUGAACUCUUUCAACUUCUUGACUAAUUUUGGCAUUUGACUGAAUGACUGUACCAGCAUGUUACCGGAGCCCGGUCAAGCAAGUGUUUUUCUGAGUGAACCUUUGGUUUAUUUACACCAGGGGGCGCUGAUCUGCCUAUUAUUAUUUUUAAUGAAGAUUUCCUGAAAGAAUCGCAUGCUUUAACGCAUACACCUUGGUGGCUUUUGGAUGACCUGUCUUAAGUUCCAUGGUCCGGUGGUAAACCUGCCAAUCAUUCAGCGGGAGGGUCUGUCUGAUGACAGAUCCUCUCCUGUUUUCGCAUUUGUGUCUGUAUUUUUUUUUACAUAAUGAUUUAAUUACGAGUUUUUUUAUUACUGAUAUUUUAUUUUAUUUUUUUAUUACUACCAUAAAAAAACAAAACAAACCGAUUGAACUAUGAAACAUUUCAUUACGGACCAACGCAACGACAUUGGAAUUUUAGCGUUGUUAUGCAUAUUUAUUUGUAAGUAAACUAUUCUUAAUGUUAGGCUAGACGCUAGAUCUGAAAGUCAUGCUUUAAGAAGCCCUCCGCGCGCAACCGUUUCUAUUUUCGGCCUACAGCUAUAACAGCUAAACGCAUCAGACACCUAAUCCAUAAUUUAUACUUACAUUACGUAAGCAAUGUCUCGUCCCAAGAAGCACACACAAACACACACGGGCGACGCGAUGGUGAGUAGGCUUCUUACUGCUGUUUUGGGUCCUGUUGGCCGAAGAGUGUGGUUGUCGUGUGGUUUGGUAUCCUAGAAUUGCUGUGGUUGU